AUGGCUUUGGUCGGCUACCUACUCAGCACCUCGGUGCAACUGAUGCCUCGCGACGAGAGUCCCCAACGUCCGUUCGUUGGGGGGGCUCGUAAAGGACUCAUCGUCCUCUUCACUUGCGCCUUGGUUUCGGCAAUUGCCACUUUUAGCACGCUGGUAUGGCUCACCUAUCGAUUCAUCUUCUGGAAACGGUACUACACGAGAUACCCGGGAUACAAUCAAUGCAUAGUCUUGAUUUUCAAUCUUUUGCUCGCAGACAUGCAGCAAGCAGGCUCCUUCUUAAUAGCUCCCUACUGGCUCUCUCUCGAUGCAAUGCCAGCCCGGACAACCGCAUGCUUUUUCCAGGGUUGGCUGACCACUAUUGGUGAUAUUUCCAGUGGUCUUUUUAUUCUGGCUAUUGCUCUCCAUACCUUUACCGUCGUUAUCACGAGAAAACACUUGGAACAUCGAACCUUUGUGGCUUGUGUCAUUGUGCUAUGGACAUUCUGUGUGACUCUCGCUAUUGCUGGUGCAGCGGUUCGUGGACAGAAUGUGUUUCGCCCAGGUGGCGGCUGGUGCUGGAUCGAUAGUCUGUAUGAAAAAGAACGUCUCUAUUUACAUUAUCUCUGGGUUUUCAUCGCUGAAUUUGGCGUCGUCCUUGUGUACGCGGCUAUAUUUAUCAUCGUCCGUCGCCGAAUCAACAAGUCAAAAGAAUUCCGAGGAACAAAAAAUCCAACUCGACAAAGAUUCAACAGGGUGUUAAGAAUAAUGAUAAUGUACCCUAUAGCCUAUGUUGUUCUCUCCCUUCCGAUUGCUGCCGGCCUAAUGGCUAUGAUGCGCGGCCUUAAUGCUGGAUCCACCUACUUCCAUAUUGCUGGCGGUAUGAUGAUGUGCUCUGGGUGGGUUGACGCGAUUUUGUACUUUUUCACACGACGACGUCUUGUCGAAACCGAUCUCCAAACUGUUGCCGGGACGACUAGCAGCCAGCGACGGACCACUGGCUAUGCAAAUGCACCAUCAACCAUCGGAGGAGGAAGAGGAAAGUGGGUUAAAGAGAAUACCACAGUUAAACAGGACACCAACGCUAUCAGAAACGCACGAAGCCGACAAUCGACCUCGAGUUCAACGGACCAUAUCAUCGACCCUGUUGAACUCGCUGACCUUGGCCAAGUGAAUCAGACUACAGUAAUAGAAAUCUCAAAUGAGCCUAGCGCCGUACCAUCAUCAGUUUCACACAACCAGUCAAUGGAAUUUAUGAUCUCCGGAGCCCCUAGCAGGAAAAAGAGCACAUCGGGGCCACCCAAUAAUACCGAGUCAUGGCGCACCAAGUAUCUAUCACGCUGGAACAGUUAG